UGACAUUGACCGCCCACGUGACCUAGGAGAGGCGUUUCUGCAGCCAGACAGAUUGUAGCGCUUCGCCGCACAUUUUAACAGCAGGAAUGCUGCAUUCUGACCGUUAACCAUCAAAGAUAAAAGGACGUUUGGAAAUAAACGCGCACUUGACAAGCUUCUUGUCCUAAAAUGAAGGAUUAUGGGAGCCAAAGAAUCCAAGAUUGGCUUCCUGUCCUACGACGAGGCCGUCAAGAGAGUGACGGAUGUGGAGUUGAAGCGACUGAAGGAUGCCUUCAAGAGAACCAGCGGCCUGUCCUUCUACAUGACUCAGCAGUGCUUCUACAGGGAAGUGCUGGGAGAUGGAGUUCCACAAAAAGUUGCAGAAGUGAUCUACACUUCAUUUGGGGGCACAGCUAAAGGACUUCACUUCAAUAAUCUCGUAGUGGGUCUGGUGUUGCUGACACGGGGACGGAACGAGGAGAAGGCAAAGUACCUCUUCAGUCUGUUCACCAGUGAUGCGGGUGGAUACGCUGCCCGGGAAGACAUAGAAGCGGUGCUGCACGUUUUGGAUGGAGAAGUCCCCGCUUCGCUGAGGAAGUGCUUUAGCGAGGGGGAUAAGGUGAAUUAUGAGCACUUCAGGGACUGGCUCUUACAGAACAAAGAAGCCUUCACUUUGUCCAGAUGGCUUCUUUCUGGAGGAGUCUGCGUCACGCUGACCGAUGACAGCGACACGCCAACCUUCUACCAGACCCUGGCAGGGGUCACACACUUGGAGGAAUCGGACAUUAUCGACUUGGAGAAACGUUACUGGCUGCUGAAGGCCCAGUCGAGAACAGGCCGCUUUGAUUUAGAAACCUUCAUCCCUCUGGUGUCUCCUCCUAUCCAUCCCUCCUUGUGUGAAGGUUUAUUUCAUGCCUUUGAUGAGAAUCGGGACAACCACAUUGACUUUAAGGAAAUAUCUUGUGGACUGUCAGCCUGCUGUCGGGGACCAAUUGCAGAGAGGCAGAAAUUUUGCUUCAAAGUGUUUGAUCUGGACCGUGAUGGAGUCCUGUCACGUGAUGAACUCCAUGAGAUGGUGCUGGCGUUGCUGGAGGUGUGGAAGGACAAUCGCACUGACGCGCUUCCUGAGCUCGGCAGUGGUGCCUCACAUAUAGUGGAUGGCAUCUUGAAAGUGCAUGACACCACCAAACUGGGCGGCCUGACCUUGGAGGACUAUCAAAUCUGGAGUGUGGAGAACGCUUUGGCUACUGAAUUUUUAAAUCUUCUCUUCCAGGUUUGCCACAUCGUUUUGGGGCUCAGACCUGCUUCUCCUGAAGAGGAAGGGCAAAUCAUCAGGGGUUGGCUGGAGAGAGAAAACAGACAUGGGCUGCAGCAUGGCCACAGCUGGUUCCUCAUAUCUACGCUAUGGUGGCAGCAGUGGAAGGAUUACACUAAUUAUGAGCCAAAGGGCGUUGCUGUGGAGCAGCAAUCCAUCCUGAGCGCCCUGCAAAGUGGGAUGUCAGCAGACAGAUGUGACGGGCUGGGAAGCAUGAGCCCCGCAGCCCAAAUAUCUUUGGAUGCAGCAGACGCUACAGAAAUGGCCAAUGGGCACCUCUCGCAGCAGGCAGCACAGAGGCCGGGGGCCAUUGACAAUCAGCCUUUGGUUGCAACCGAGCCCACCAAGGCUCCGACAUUGACCAUGGAGGGUGGUCGGCUGAAGCGCUGCUUGCGGAAUGAUCGAGACUUUAAGAUUGUGCCAGAGCCAGUGUGGCGGGCGCUUUACCACUGGUAUGGUGCCAACCUCAGCCUGCCACGGCCAGUCAUCUUGGAUAGCAAGACUGGCCAAGCAGAACUGGAGCUUUUCCCUUGCUACCUCCUCUUCCUACGCCAUCAGUCAGCCACACGCUCCUCCUCCCAGACCAACAUCUGGCUCAAUAUGGGUAACGUGCCAUCCCCCAACAUUCCUUUGAAGCGGGUGUUGGUCUACACGGCCUGCUUUAGCCGCAUGGCCACCAUCAAGGACAUCCAUAUCUACUUGUCUCAGAGGCUUCGCAUCAAGGAGGAAACCAUUCGGCUAUGGUUGUAUAACAGUGAGAACUACCUGACGCUCCUUGACGAUGAAGAUCAUACGCUGGAAAGUUUGAAGAUCCAGGAUGAGCAGCAGCUAGUGAUUGAAAUCAGGAACAAAGACAUGAGCUGGCCUGAGGAGAUGUCUUUCAUUACCAACAGCAGUAAGAUGGAAAGACAUAAAGUACCCACAGAGAAAGGAGCCACUGGCCUCAGUAACCUGGGCAACACCUGCUUCAUGAAUUCUAGUAUUCAGUGUGUGAGCAACACCAGGCCUCUCACGGACUACUUCAUCUCGGGGAGACAUCUCUAUGAGCUCAACAGAUCCAACCCCAUCGGCAUGCGAGGUCACAUGGCGAAGUGCUACGGUGAUCUGGUGAUGGAGCUGUGGAGCGGGACACAGAAGAACGUGGCUCCUCUCAAACUCAGGUGGACAAUAGCGAAGUAUGCUCCUCGAUUCAACGGCUUCCAGCAGCAGGAUUCCCAGGAGCUGCUGGCAUUUUUACUUGACGGCCUCCACGAAGAUCUAAACAGAGUCCACGAGAAGCCGUACGUGGAACUCAAAGACAGCGAUGGGCGGCCCGACUGGGAGGUGGCCUCUGAGGCGUGGGAGAAUCACCUGCGCAGGAACCGUUCUAUCGUGGUGGAUCUUUUCCACGGUCAGCUCAAGUCCCAAGUCAAGUGCAAGACCUGCGGCCACAUCAGCUCACGAUUUGACCCGUUCAACUUCUUGUCCCUGCCCCUGCCGAUGGAUAGCUCCAUGCACCUGGAGAUAACGGUCAUUAAACUGGACGGUUCCACUCCUGUACGCUACGGCUUGAGGUUGAACAUGGACGAGAAGUACACAGGACUCAAGAAGCUGCUGAGCGAACUGUGCAAUCUGAAGCCUGAACAGAUUCUUCUGGCUGAGGUUCAUGGUGCCAACAUUAAGAAUUUCCCUCAGGAUCACCAAAAGGUCCGUCUGACUGUGAGCACCUUCUUGUGUGCCUUUGAGAUCCCAGUGCCAGGCUCGCCAACAUCACUCAGCAACCCUAAACUGGCAGAAUUCAAUACUGUGGCCAAUGGCUCGGCUAGUGGUCACGUAGACUUGGAGCCCAGUUUGACGUGCAGUGAGGGAGCAGUCAAUGUGGUCAGCAAUCCAGAACCUGCAUUGGUCAAUGGAUUCACUAACGGACACAACCCAGCAGUGCAUGAAAGUCCUGUCACUGGUUACAUCAUUGCCAUGCACAGAAAGAUGAUGCGGACGGAGCUUUACUUCUUAUCCUCCCAGAAGAACCGUCCCAGUUUGUUUGGCAUGCCACUUAUUGUUCCCUGCACGGUCCACACAACCAAGAAAAACCUCUACGAUGCUGUGUGGAUGCAAGUGUCCCGACUGGUCAGCCCCCUGCCCCCGCAAGAUUCGAGCAACCAUGCCCAGGACUGUGAUGACAGCCUUGGCUACCAGUACCCUUUCACUUUACGGGUCGUGGAUAAAGACGGUACCUCAUGUGCCUUGUGCCCUUGGUAUAGGUUCUGUAGAGGCUGCACGGUCGCAUGUACAGAAGAUAGAGCCUCCAUAGGGAAUGCUUACAUUUCUGUGGACUGGGAUCCCACCGCCCUGCACCUACGCUACCAGACCUCGCAGGAGAGAAUAGUGGUGGAACACUGCAGCGUGGAGCUGUCCCGCCGGAGCCAGGCUGAGCCCAUCAGUCUGGAAAGCUGUCUGAAGGCCUUCACCAGUGAGGAAGAGCUGGGGGAAGAUGAGCUGUAUUAUUGCUCCAAGUGCAAGACCCAUCGACUGGCCACAAAGAAGCUGGACCUCUGGAGGCUUCCACCAAUACUGAUUGUCCACCUGAAGCGCUUCCACUUUGUCAAUGGCCGUUGGAUCAAAUCACAAAAGAUUGUUAAGUUCCCAAGGGAGGAGUUUGACCCCAGCACGUUCUUGGUUCCCAGAGACUUUGACCAGAGCUUCCUUCACUCACACUCUUCUCCUGCCUUGAGCAGAGGGUCCCCAUCUUCCCUGAGCAGGAACAGCAGCCCCUCAAGCAGCCCCAAAACUAGCAGCGCAAGCCACAAGCAUGUGCCUCAGCAGAGCAACAGGCACGGCCUCUCGGAUAGCAAUGAGUGCCUGCAGGAAGCUGCUGAGGCUGAGCCACAGGACCACAGACUACAGGACGAGGCUUCCAGAAGUGCACCUACAAAGGAGGAUCCGGAAGAGCCGUUUGUAGCAUCCGAUUCCACAAGACACACUGAUGUGAUCAGGAUAAAUGGCAUAACCACAGACUGCAGCACAGACAGCCCUUUGAUAACCUGCAAAGAAAGCAAGUGUUUGGACUCCAUCUACAACCUCUAUGCAAUAUCGUGCCAUUCAGGAAUUAUGGGUGGAGGCCACUAUGUAACCUAUGCCAAAAACCCCAAUGGGAAAUGGUACUGUUACAAUGAUAGCAGCUGUAAGGAAGUGCAUUCUGCAGAGAUCGACACGGACUCAGCCUAUAUCCUCUUCUAUGAGCAACAGGAAGUCAAUUAUUCCCACUUCCUGCCAAGGACUGACGGCAAGAAGAUGGCCGACACCAGUAGCAUGGAUGAAGACUUUGAGUCGGACUACAAGAAAUACUGUGUACUGCAAUGAUGCAGUACAUCAUCAAAGAGCUUGUACCCUUCCUCUCCACGAGUAGCGAUCCUUAUCUUGAGGGAUUCCACCUGACUGGAAGGAUGCACAGCAAACUUUAGAGACUGUAACGCCUGAGUGACAGCACUGGACUGAUAGAGCACUUUGCCUAGCCCCCCCCCAGCCCCGUGUACAUUUCCUACCCUAACUUAUGGAAACCUUCUUUCAGGCGCUGCCUGAGUAGCCAAGUGUGAAUUUCAUCUCAAGCUGAGACCACAAAGGGAGAACAGAAAACAGAUUCCAAGGGAGCCUGGCAGGUAAAUGACCUUAUUUUACUGCUGAGUCAUCAAGGAAGCGCUACUCUAUCCACACUAGAUCUACUACAUCUACACACCUGACACUAGAUUCUCACUAUUUUAACACAUAGCAACAGGACUUUAUCAAAGCAAACACCUCCCUCACUCACGGCGCGACAAAAAUAACACAUAAUGUGGAGGUGUGGAAAUAAAUGCCCACAUACACAACAUUACUAUUUUAUACGUUUAUAACCCACAGCGCUUGCUGGGUAGCCUCCUGUUGGAGAGGCGUGUGCAUGGGUGUCCUAGCAUGCCUUGCGGGUUGAAAGUGAGGCCACAUAGGCGUGUGCUGCAGUUCUAGUACACGGUGAGUUGCUUUUGCUGAGUGAGGUCGGCGUUUGUGGUCGGUUAUGGAGAUGGUGAACACACACUGAUGGCAGAUCUUUCCAAAAAAUUCAACAAUACAUAAUGUCCUCAAGAUGCAGGGAUCCACUGUACUGAUAUACACCCUAAAUAGGAAGGAGAAAUACACAGGAAUACUGUACACUUUACUAGAUCACUCUCGAUAGGGAGGAGAAAUACACAUGAAUACUGUACAAUGUACUAUAUCACUCUAUAUAGGGAGGAGAAAUACACAGGAAUACUGUACAUUGUACUAUAUCCCUCUAUAUAGGGAGGAGAAAUACACAGGAAUACUGUACAUUGUACUAUAUCCCUCUAUAUAGGGAGGAGAAAUACACAGGAAUACUGUACACUGUACUAUAUCAAUGUAUGUAAUACAUGUGCAUUUAAUUAUUUUUAUUUAUGAGUCCCAGAAUGUAAACGAAGUGUGCAGUCUAUGUGGUAUAUGUGGUAUCAUCGAUCUACUGGUAUAUUAUAUGUACAGUAUAUGUGGUAUCAUCAAUAUAGUGAUAUAUUACAUGUACAGUAUAUGCGGUAUCAUCAAUAUAGUGAUAUAUUACAUGUACAGUAUAUGCGGUAUCAUCAAUAUAGUGAUAUAUUACAUGUACAGUAUAUGCGGUAUCAUCAAUAUAGUGAUAUAUUACAUGUACAGUAUAUGCUGUAUCAUCAAUAUAGUGAUAUAUUACAUGUACAGUAUAUGUGGUAUCAUCAAUAUAGUGAUAUAUUACAUGUACAGUAUAUGCGGUAUCAUCAAUAUAGUGAUAUAUUACAUGGACAGUAUAUGUGGUAUUGUCAAUAUAGUGAUAUAUUACAUGUACAGUAUGUGGUUUUAAUAUAGUGUACAGUAUAUGUCAAAGUAAUGUACAUGGAUCCCAGGAUACAAUAUGAAUGUUUUUAAUGAUGUGUGUUAAUAAGUAAGUCUAGCACUAUAUGAAAUAAACCCAGUUGGUGGACAGGUGGUAUGAACACAUGCAUUUCAUGCGUUUAGAAAUAUGCAUUUUAAUCUCCACUGGUGUUGGUGGAGAUGAUUGUUAACAGUGGAAUGGGCAAAUGUGCUCCUGAUGGCAUACAUGGUGUUUGUGUGGACACGGUGUGAGUCCCAGUCCUCCCUGACUGGAUCAGAGACUGGCGGAGUUCCUUGGAAGUGAAACUAAAGCAUUUUGUUGCAGCAAGGACGCCAUGAUGCAAACUGAGGCCACAGUGAAGGCACGGACACAAUGUCAUAAAAGCAAGAUUUGAAUGACUGUUGGAACAUCAAUCAUCCUGAUGGGGUGAUCAUGUACAUAUAAUGUUUCUUAUAUUGAAAUCAUUCUUAAAAAGGCAUCCAUUUCAAUCCA